AUGCAACCAGAACGCAAGUACAGAAACAUCCUUCCAGGUCCUCCGAAUACUUCCACGAUAUAUCUCACCGACGACAAUGGGGAAGCCGCCUUCGGGGGCUCUGGCGGUCAAGAGGGCUCCAAGCGAAAGCGCCGGGCGACUACUAAAGCAUGCAACAGCUGCCGCGAGAAGAAGAUAGGGUGCAAUGGUCUGCAGCCCUGCAGCCAUUGCAAACGCCGCGGCCUUGUCUGCGAAUAUGCUACCAUCUCCAAAACGGUCCUGAAUUCCAUUCCUCCAGGCAUGAAAUUGCUUGACGAGGCCACGGCAAGGAAUCAAAAAUAUUCGGCUGAGCUGCUCGACCUCCUUCGUUCUGUGCCCGAUGACGAGGCCCGGGACGUCCUUCGGCAAUUACGGGCAGGACGAGAUGUUGGAAACAUCGUCAAUACCCUCCGGGGACAACUGCAUUCCGCCAAUGACGGUCCAUUUCACGGGCUGCUUCACGCGGUUUCUCCUCCCAACCAGACUUCCCUCGAGUUCGAGCUGAUGGUGCGUCACGCCGUUGCCUACUCACCCUGGGCUCCUACUGAACUCCCACACAUGGAUUUCGACUUGGCCAUGAGGAUCGCUCCAAGCGCUGCCUUUGAUUCACCCUCUGCGGGACGUUCGCCAAUGUCAACCGACACCCCGUCUCCUCUCCCUCCCACGGAUUCGGAGUCGCCUUCAGGCGCAGGCAAGACUCGUAUCAUGCCGGCGGCGGAUUCCAGAGACAGUAGCGUCAGUCUCAACUUCAAUGCUCAAAGCAAGCCGGGCAGCAGGGAGGCUUCCAUACCGGAUUUUCCGCCUCUUUGCGACGAGAGGCUGCUCAAUGCGGACGUCCUGGCAUGGACGGGGGUAAAUAUCCCCAUUUUAGCAGCCAGGAGAACCCUUUCUCUAUACCUCGAAACCGACCAUGCGAUCACGGCGCUAUUCGACGUCGAUCUUUUCCUCGCCGACCUGGUUUCUGGAGGAACCCGCUUCUGCUCCAGGCUACUUGUUAGCUCCUUACUCAGCUGGGCUUGUCAGGCUUACACGGCAUAUGAGUUGGAGGCGACGAGUUGGAGUUUUGCUUUCUACGACGAGGCGACACUACUUUUGGAGCACGAGACAGCGAUGGGACUGGCGACUCCCAAUACGGUGGCUGCUUUGCUCUACUUGAGCAUGUCGUCAACCUGCCACGCGAGAAGCGCCACCGAUGCUACCGGAUAUUUGGACCGCGCCAUCGACCUUGCCAAAAGCAUAGGAUUAUUCGGCAUUGCAGACGAGGCUAUGUCUGUGAGGUGGCCAAACGGAGCCUCUGACGUCCUCUGGGAGAAAUCUCUCGGGCAAACAGCCUGGGGAGGUUUCGUUUACAUCACAACACGAUGCGCGCAAAACCAGACAUGCAAGAUAGCCUACCCGCCGAGGAUGCCGAUUCCGGGGGACGCAGACGAUUGCGAAGACGCAAAGUCUCCCAGCGGACCGCACUUCCCAGCCUACAUGGGGACUGCAUUCCCACACGUAUGUAAACUGGCCCUGAUUGCGCACGAGAUGAUAUGGAUGAACUACGGCAACACUUUGCGAGUCGGGGGCUACAGCAUGGUUGAGCACAUGGAGGUGCUGUACAGACGAUAUCUGGAAUGGGCCGACAACCUGCCGCUGGAAAUGGUGAGAAGCGGGGACAGCUCCCAUCACGUUCUGCUUCUGCACAUCUACUUGCACGCAUUUGUGCUCGAUCUAUUCCGCCCUUUGGUUCAAUAUGGCGACGCGAUGCGGAUCCGGCUCGAGUCCUUUACUUCCCAGCAGGCGUCCCCCGAGGCCAUCUGCCUCGCUUCCACCGCUCAGUUGGGGCAGAUCGCCAUCACUUACCUCCAGAAGUGCAGUUCUGCGUCCCACAGCUUCCUCUGGAGCACUGCGCUCCUUUACUUUGCAAACGCCGCCCUUCGAGAACUGGCGCAUGUCACCGAGAACUCGGAGAAGCUGGCCGACUUGCGCGCCUGUAUCCUGGGCUACCAGAGGCUACACAGGCCGUUCCGGCUGUCGCAGGGAAUCGUCCGAAGCCUGCUGUCGAUGGCGCUACGGGAAGGUCUGUUGGAAUCUUCGGAGGCGAGGGCCAUCAUCAAAGACUCGAACGAGAAUGCGAAGCACCACCGGGGCUCGGACGAAGUGCAGGCGCCAUUCGUCGUCGACCUCGAUCUCGCGACGAUGAACCCGACGGCAGCACACGUCGACAGUCUUGCGGCCGAGUUUGAGGAGCUCGCAAUCCUCAACGAAUUCACGGUGGUAACGUCGGGGAGGGAGGCACCAGAGAUCUCGAGCGAGGCUUUCAAUUCCGACGGCGAUGUUCAAGCCGCUGGGCAAGCAGAGGCGAGGGACUCGGUGUGA